AUGCUUAAACUCACCUCGACAGUUGCUCGUCGCCAAAGUGUUAACAAGAACGUUUACAAGCUUGGAAUACGUGCUUUUCAUGAGUCUCGAACUCGUCCAGCAAUCAUGAUGCCAGCAAUGUCACCACUGUGCAAUGAGGCAACGAUUACUCGGUGGAUGAAGAAGGAGGGGGAAUCAUUUGUUGCUGGUGACUCCCUUCUCCAGAUUGAAUCCGAUGUUGCCGUGGUCGACGUCGUCGCCGAGAGCCCCGGUAUCAUAGGAAAGAUACUCAUACCGGCCGGAACACGUUGCGCAUACCAGCAAGUAAUCGCCACAGUGGCGAAAAAUGUCGAGGAUCUUGCCCAGCUCCGAGCUCAAGGUCAAGCGCCGCCUCCUCCGCCAGCAACCUUCGUUUCCCCUAGUGCUUUCCCCAGAGCAUCUGCACCUCACAUUUACUCACCUGCUCCUCGCCGCUCAUCUGCGCCAACACCUCACCUCGAACGAUCAUCUUCUCCUUUGAUGAAUUCAGCGAUUCAUCGUUCGUCUGUGGACACCCACCAUUACCACAGUGCCACUGCGCGUGGUAUGUCAACCGGUUCUGGAUUCCAGAGCGGUCGUUCCGCACCAACUCCCAUUCCCGCAUCAGCAUCUUCCGCGUCUCAGGUGGAAGGAGCUGCUCUCCGUAGUAAGAUCGUUUCUAGCAUAGGGAAGGUGUCUCCCACUAAAGCCUCGGACCGUGAAACGUCUAACUAUUUUGACGGAAUUCUGUGA